AUGCUUUUGGAACGACCACUCUCGUUUAAGCGCGCCUCUGCCCGGCAAACAUUCUAUCCCUACCCAGACUCGCCCGCCCUCGGAGAACAAGACCGCAGAUCAAUGUCCACGACUGGCGGAGCAUUGCCUCGAAGGGAAACCUACAGGAGCGGCGUCCUCUCAUUGCUUCCUCCAAAGACGGGAGAGCAGCUCGUCCGCACGCGGGAUGACGAAUCCGGCGACGAGAGAGACNCAGCAGAGAUCGAAGCUGCAUAUUUGAACCUGGUUGGAGGAGGAGGCAAUCGCUCACGAAACAUCAGCUCCGAGUUGUCGUUCGGCAUGUCCCCCGACAAGGAUCCAGACGGUCCGGCAUACUCGAUUGAAGAGUCCAAGAGGAGGACAAACUACUAUGAAGAGCAGUUUCAAUACAAGGGCAAUGGGUUAGGCAGCGUGCGAGAGAGGAUUGAAAAGGACUCUCCGGUCGUGGCCGAGCUGCGUACCAAUGUCAUUGGGAACAGGNUCAAAGACGAAUUCACCCUCGUCACCGACAUGUCGUACAAUCUUAGCCAGCGCUACUCGCGCCCCGAGAGCAGCAUCAUGGUCAACGUCGAGCACUCUGCCUGCUUGCUGCUCGCUGGCUCCUUCGAACCCGCAUACGUCCUCACCAUCACCGCCCUCNCCUCUCAAUUGCAGCCUGUCACCAACAAGCGCAACUCGGCCCUCAUCCAAUCUUUCAUGGCAGACAUCCUCGCUGUCCCACCGGAAAGAGGCAUCCUUCGAUUCCAGCCCAUUGCCGAGGAGAAUCUCGCCAUCAAUGGCACCACUGUCUUUGGCGAGAUUGAGCGUAUCGAAAAGAGCAGCAUCGACUCGGACGUGACGGCUGCCAACGCCAUCAAGCGCGCCUGGACCAGAGGGUCGCGGAGAUCAGUCCAUGCGAAGAAGCCAUCAGUCAGAAACACCGACGACGUACCCUCGGCACUCCCACACGUUGCAAACACCCACCUACCCACCACCAGCCACUCUCGCCAACCCAGCCAAAAUCUAUCUCAGUCCGCUGUAUCACUGACCUCCCACCCGGGCCCCGCAUUCGUCGCUAGCUCAACGUCUCCCGUCCUCGAAGAGCGAGAGAGAUCACCAACAAGACCAGCACUACCAGGCCCACCAACCAGAGAUCUGCCGCCCACACCGAUCGCAACGCCAAAUGGCGAAGACAGGCGCAAAAGCAAUCUGAAUGGAAUACUCAAGAAUGUGUCCAACAGCUCUCCUCGCGGCUCUCCUCGGCCGGGCUCAUCUAGCACCCAUGUACCGAAACCACCGCCUAUCCCACAAAGCGCGUCGCUCGUUAGUCCCAAGGUGGCCAAGAGGAAGAGUUUCAUUUCCAUCUUCAAGCGGUGA